UACUGCAACACAAUGAAUGAACAACGCAUGAAUGGACUGCUGCCGGACCCUCUACAGAUUUUUCCACGAGCCGGCAAGACUCCAGGGAUCCGGAACAUACAUGGCCUGAAGGUUAAUACAAGACCUAAUCCAGCCAAUGACUGCACUCAUGCUGUCCCAGACUCCAUGGCCAACAACAGUUUAAAAAAAUCAUCUGCUGAGCUGAAGAGGAUCCUGACAAAUGGGCAGAUAAAUGCCCAAGAUAUCCACUAUCAAGAGCAGCUUGGCCAUGGAAACGGAGGCACAGUUUACAAAGCUUACCAUCUUCUCGGCAAGCGGGUUUUAGCUGUCAAGGUCAUUCCCCUGGAUAUCACAGUGGAAUUACAGAAGCAGAUCAUGUCAGAAUUAGAAAUCCUCUAUAAGUGUGAUUCACCCUACAUCAUCACUUUCUUCAGUGCCUUUUUUGUAGAGAACAGGAUAUCCAUAUGCACAGAAUUUAUGGACGGUGGUUCUCUGGAUGUGUACAAAAGAAUUCCAGAGCAUGUGCUGGGGAGGAUUGCAGUGGCAGUAGUGAAAGGCCUGACAUAUCUAUGGAGCCUGAAGAUACUUCACAGAGAUGUCAAGCCUUCCAAUAUGCUCGUGAACACCCGGGGACAAGUCAAGCUCUGUGACUUUGGUGUCAGCACACAGUUGGUGAAUUCUAUAGCCAAAACUUAUGUGGGAACUAACGCGUACAUGGCGCCGGAAAGGAUAUCAGGGGAACAGUAUGGUAUCCAUGCAGAUGUCUGGAGUGUGGGAAUCUCUUUCAUGGAGUUGGCGCUAGGCAUGUUCCCCUAUCCACAGAUUCAGAAAAACCAAGGAUCUUUAAUGCCUCUCCAGUUACUGCAAUGCAUCGUUGAUGAGGAUCCUCCAGUUCUUCCUGUCAGCCAAUUCACUGAGAAGUUUGUUCACUUCAUCACUCAGUGUAUGCGGCGGCAACCCAAAGAAAGACCUGCCCCUAAUAACCUCAUGGAUCAUUCCUUCAUCAUACAGUAUAAUGACGGUAAUGCAGAGGUGGUGUCCAUGUGGGUUUGUCGCUGUCUGGAGGAGAGACGAGCUCAGCAGGCUCAGGGACACGUCUGAUGUCCUCCUGCUGUCCGCCCAUGAUGGACCAGGACGUUUGAAACCUUCAACACUUAUCAAAGGCUUCAAGGUCCAGUACAUCCAUAUGCACUGUACAAGUGACUUGAUAUACACGGACAAAAAUCACUAGAUGUUGAAUACUUUAGGUGAGUAAAUCUCACCUGGAGUGUGUGGGUGUGCCAUGCGCUGUGACAUUGAGGAUCUCACAUCUUUUGAAUUUUGCAUCCAAAAAGUGCACAGAGAUUUCUUUCGAGCGUGAGGUCUCCAUCUGCAGCUUCGUCCCCACGUUUUUUUUAAGAGCAUACAGAACUGCAGCGAGCGUCACAGUUGUCUGAGUAAAGAGAAACGGUCCUGAUUUACAGGAUCAGUGACAAUAAACAAGUUCAAAGCAUAAGACUGCAAUACGCUGACAGAGUUUUUGCUCUGUUUCUAGGAUGGUGUAUCAAAUAACCAUCGUGUGCUUUACUGUUGACAGCCCUCUAGUGAAUGUUAAGGUUUUUGCCUGUGAGUAACUGCCCAUGUGUGUGCCUGUUUUUCCAGUAGUGUAAUUUAUUACCUCAACAAACUUUUAAGUUGUCACUGUAAUAAGAAAACUUCCCCCCAAAAUUGUUACUGUUUUAAUACCAGGAGUAAAACAUCUGUAUCCAGUCAUUCCCUAACAUUGUGAGGUUGGGGUGUUACAUGUAUACAAAGCUCUCUCUGUCUUAAGAGGUGUUGGAAUGAAACAAGCCUGCGGUAUCAAUGAGUUUGAAGCACUGACACACAUUUUUUUUUCAUGACUCUCAAGCUUACUGACCAAACAGUUUAUUCGAGGGAAACCCCACCCUUGUUUUAUUUUAAUGUUUAAAACUUUUUUUAACUCAGUUGCACAUCUUUUAUUUCCAUUUGCAAGCCAAUGCUCGACGUUGAAUGCCACUGAAUCGACCCUUUGGAGAGGACAUUGUGCUGAAGCAGUUCUCCUUAUUACUUCAACUGCUAUUUGUUUUUCUUUGAAAGAGUAAUGUAAAAGAAACCGUAACUCUUCCUUUCCUUACAAACUAACACUUUAUUAAUUCUAACUUGUUUUAUCCACUUUCUCACCAGUAAAUCCUUUCUUUAGCUAAAUAUGUCAUGUACUAUAAGGAGAGUUUACGUUUCUAUUGCAUUGCCUCGUGAGUGCUGUAGCGGGGGAAACGAUAAUGCCGUGCACUAAACACCAAAGACCACUGACGACCCAAACAAUGGAUCACAUGGAUUUCUCAUGACUGAGGCGAACGUAAAAUGAAUCGCUUGACACGGCCUUUAUGUGUAGCUGUUGAAAUGUGUAAUGCUCAAGUGCAAUUAACUUCCAUUACUUCCACAAAGGCACAGUAAACGCAGCCUACACUGAUAUGAUGUGUGCGGUGUGAGCAUCGCUGGAAACGAAUGUAACGGCAGUACAUCAGUGCAACAGAAAAUGCACCCAACUUUUUGCAACCAACGGGAACCACUUGACUCAAUAAAGCGUGUAGGAAAAGGCCAUAUCAACAGUCAGUGUUUGGUUUGUCCACUCUGGGCUACUGUAGAAACAUGGCAGUUUAACAUGGCGCGACUCCAUAGAGGAGGACCCAACUUCCCUCUGUAGAUAAAACGGCUCAUUCUAAGGUAACCAAAAAG